AUGGGGGAUGGCCACUGGGACCUCCUUGUGAGCGACGCCGGCGUGUCGGCCAUGCACAUGACCACGACGCGGCUUGGCACGGUGGUCAUGUUCGAUGGCACUUAUUUCGGUACCUCGAAGCUUCCUUUGGGCCACAGUCGGUGCCAUGAUCGUGCCACUGAUGUGGCCCUACCUCGUGAUUGUUGGGCUCACUCGAUCGAGUACGAUCCUGCUGCCAAUUCUGUUCGGCCGCUCACUAUCCUCACCGACACUCUUUGCUCGUCCGGUGCUUUCUUACCAAAUGGCACCCUUAUCCAAACCGGCGGCUUUCAAGAUGGAGAGAAGGGCCUCCGCCUCUUCCAUCCAUGUCUAGGCUCUGCGUGUGACUGGAAUGAGGUUUCUAGCCCUCCCUCACAACUCUCUGAGAAGAGGUGGUACUCCACGAACCAGGUUUUGCCGGAUCAUAGGGUCAUUGUAGUGGGGGGAACCACCGCCUUCACGUACGAGUUUGUCCCCAAGCCUAGUGGCUCUGAGGGGUCCUUUCGCUUGCCCUUUCUUAUUGAGACCAACGACCCCAUUGUCGAGAACAACCUCUACCCCUUCUUGCACCUCUGCCCUGAUGGCUCGCUGUAUGUCUUUGCGAACAAGGACUCAAUACUGUUUGAUUAUAACAGAGGUACAGUGAUUAGGAAGUUCCCACCCAUUCCUGAGGGACCAAGGAAUUAUCCUUCCUCAGGGGCCUCUGUCAUGCUGCCUCUCUCCGCCGCAAAUGGCUUUACAAGAAUGGAGGUUCUUAUUUGCGGGGGAGCGAGGGAUGGUGCGGCUAAGGCAGCUCGUGGUGCAAAGGACCUCUGGUUGGCGCUCAACUCAUGUGGUAGGAUGGAGAUCACGUCGCCAAAUCCUCAUUGGAUCGUGGAGAAAAUGCCUAUCCCUAGAGUCAUGGGUGACAUGAUCUUGCUCCCUGAUGGAAAUGUGUUAAUCAUCAAUGGAGCUCAAAACGGUGUGGCAGGUUGGGAAUUGGGUUCUGAUCCAUGCCCUUUUCCACUGCUCUAUCAACCAGAAUCCAUAGAUAAAGCCAGCCGAUUCUUGAAAUUGGCUGCAAGCAAGACACUGAGAAUGUACCACUCGACCGCGAACCUAAUGACUGAUGCAAGGGUGUUGAUCGGGGGAUCGAACCCCCACGAGAAAUACACUUUCGAAGGUCCAAACGUGAAGUUUCCCACCGAGCUGAGCUUGGAAGCUUUUAGUCCUCCAUAUUUAGACCCCUCUAAUGCAUUUUUGAGGCCCGAUAUCAUGUCGGUUCCAACCGAACCAAUCUCUUAUGGAGCUUCUUUCACUGUGGAGUUUCGUCUUCCUGGCAAAUCAGGCAAGCUUGUGGAGUUCAAUUUGUAUGCACCAUCAUUCACAACACACAGUAACUCCAUGAACCAGAGGCUGGUGAAGCUGACUUCUUCAGUGCCUGUGGAAGUGGGUGGUGGCUACAAGUCUAUAGUGGUUGCUCCACCUCGGCCAGCUAUCGCACCACCAGGUUACUAUAUGCUGUUUGUUGUUAAUGGUGGUGUUCCUAGUGUUGCAAGGUGGGUGCGGUUCCUUAAUGGAUUAGGUUAG